AUGUCAACUCCAGAUGCUGUCGAUUUGAUUCUUCGCCAAAAUAUUGGAUGUGAUUCUGGAGAAUCCGAUGCAUUACAAUAUCUGAAAUUCGGACUGCAAUUGGCAUAUGUGCUACCAUUCGGAUUACUGUAUCUUUCGUUUAUGAUCACAAUUGUGAAGAGAAAAAAGGAUCGAGAGCUGUUUGAAGACUCAUUUUUCACAUUACACUUGGCAGACGGGAUUAUCACACUCUACUUCUUAAUAUCAGACACCAGUUUCUUCCGUUUGACCUCUUAUUUCCGUCCAGUCUGUGAAUAUCUUGUACCAUUACUCAAGGAUCCUGCAUACACUCUGACUCCAUUUUAUACUGCUUACAUGUAUGCUCAACUGGCCAAAAUGUUGUCCACAUUGGCAAUGAGUGUUAACAGAUAUACUUCAGUCAAUAACCCGGUUAACCAUAAAAUUUUUUGGUUUCAACACUGCAACAAAGUGAUUCUCGGAAUAUUCGUAAUUCCACUAUUCCUAGUGUGGCCAGUUGCAAUCGGAACCACAAGUUUUUUACCAUUCAAAGGAAAUGGAAAUAUAAAUUAUGAGCACAAAUUACCGUGGGCUCGAACCACCUACGGUAGACUUGGAGUAGCAGUUCCCACUCUUAUAUUCACUGUCUAUUCGAGUAUUGUAACUACUUCAAAACUUCGAAAACUCGGUGGACACAUGAAGAAAGUUGAAUUCUCAAUGAAUAUGGCCACUGUGUUCACUGCAUGUGGAUUCGUAUUGCUUGUCGGUUUACAAAUAUGUUAUCUCUUUGUCAAUGCUGAAAAUUUAUUGGAUAAAAUGUGGGUGGUCAAGAUUAUCAUGGCUGCCACUCAGAUCAGUAAUGACUUCUAUAUGUUGAGUGGUCCAGUUGUGCUGCUAAUUCUUGACAAAAAGAUGAGAGCCUCAUUAUUUAUCUGCGGAAAAAAUCAAAAGAACUCGAGAAGAACAACGAAAGCAUCGAUUCAGCCAAUUACAAUGGUUCAAUCUCAUGCUAAUUGA